AAUGUUCUAAAAUGUGUAUCACUAUGGAUUCAAUGUUAAAAGUAUUGUCUACUAGUUACAGAAGUGUAUACGUUCAGUUAAUAAGUUUAGGAAUUUUUAUAUUUGCGGAUUUCGUAUUAGCAGACCCAGGGCCGGAAUUAAGUCGUCCGAGGGAUGAUGUUUGUAUUAAGCCUUCCUGUAAGGUUACAGCGGAUGAAUUUUUGAGGAAUAUGAAACUUUCUGUAAGUCCUUGUACCGAUUUCUAUGAGUAUGCCUGUGGAAAUUAUAAAGAUCAUCACCCACUGGAUCCGGAUGGCAGCUCUACUGAUUAUUUCAAGGAAAUGGAAUUACGAAUUAAUAAUCGAAUCCGAGCAAUUGCCGAGGCACCCGUCACGAAUAGCGACAGUGUCUCCCUGAAGAAAGCUAAAUUAGCAUAUAAAGUGUGCAUGAAUGAAGAAGCUAUCGAGAGGUCGGGCAUACUUCCCGUAGCUCAAGCCGUAAACAAUCAAGAUGAUUGGCCAAUGGUAGUGGAUGAUUGGCAACCAAAAACCAAAACAUGGAUGGACAUAGAAAUGUCAUACAUUAAAACUUUAGGCGAGUCAGCAUUUUUCCGUGGCAUUGUUGAGCCCGAUAUUGUUACCAGAACAGAAAAUUCUUUAACGUUGAGUCCUCCCAAAUUUAUACUGCCUACCUACGUGUUAAAGAACCCAGACCAACAUAGAAACAGUAUCGUGUUGUACCACAACUUUAUUAUUGACGUAGCUAAGGAAUUUGUAAUGUUCAUCGAUGUUCCCGAAGACAAAAUCAGUGAUGAAGCACAACAAAUAAUACGUCUGGAAAUUGCUUUAAUAAAACUUAAAGCAGCUAACAAACCCCAUGGAGGAAAUACAGUAAUUCGAAUUUUUCUGGAACAACUUCAAAUAGAGUAUGACAAGACUCCUCAUAAAACCCGUAAUUCAAAGAUAAUCUGGACGGAUAUGGUAAACAGCAUCUUCUCGCAAUUAAAUUACCACAUCCCUCCUUCAACUUUUAUAAAAGUAGAAAAUAUGGGCUAUUUUCAACAAUUGGCUACACUGCUGGAUAAAACACCGACCCGAGUAAUAGUGAAUUUUGUUCAUUGGCAGUAUGUUCGACGUUUAUUGAGUAGUUGCGAUGAAGGUAUGAGAGAACGGUACAAUGUUUUGAAAAAAGAGUUGCUUCGAGGAUCGCCACGGAAACGGUGGGUGCAGUGUUUGCGAAAAAAUCCCGCAGUAAUUGCGUUGAUCUCCCACUAUUUGAAAGACCACGUUUCGCAGAAAUCUCUCGACAUUGUUGACGAAAUGAUUAAUCAACAUAAGUCACAGAUGGAGAUACAAAUUCUUGGUACUUCUUGGUUGGACAACGGUAUAAAGUUUUCACUGUACACGAAGGCACAAAGUGCAAGAAAGUUUCUAGGAAAUCCUCCUUGGUACAGAAAUACAUCUAUCAUUGACGACUAUUAUACCGAACUAGAGGUUGGAGAUAACCAUUUCCAAAAUGAACUUAAUUCCAAGAAGUUCACCAUCUAUCAAGCCCAACAAUUAUUGGAAAGUCCAGCUGAGCUAUUCCCGGAAAGUAUCAUAUGGAUGGAUAGUGUUCUUGAAGUAAAUGCUUACUUCAAUCAACUUCUUAAUUCAUUAAUUGUACCAGUAGGGAUGUUGUAUCCUCCUUUGUUCCAUGGGAAAGACGUGCCUGAAAAUGUAUUAUAUGGCUCUACUGGUUCUAUCAUAGGCCAUGAACUAUCCCACGCAUUUGACGAUCAAGGUCGUCGAUAUGAUGCUGGUGGUCUACCCCUGGUAUGGGAUCCCGUUUCCUUAAUACAGUACCAAGAACGAACUGAGUGUUUCGUCAAGCAAUUCAAUAAGUAUAAAUUAAAAGAAUUGGAGGAAAUCGGCCGAACGGCUUACGCCGAUGGAAGAUCGACAGAAAGAGAAAACACGGCUGAUACAACUGGUAUAUUUGCUACUUUUGCUGCUUUUCGACAUAGGGCCAGACUAAGAAAUAAACCCUUUAAAAAGUUACCAGGUCUAGAACAUUUGACCGACGACCAGCUGUUUUUCCUUUCCUUCGCCAAUAUAUGGUGUUCUUACAUAAAACCGGAGAAAAUGCUGUUUAUGACACUGCUUCAAGCGUCUCAUAGCUUUCCAAGAUAUCGUGUAAUUGGUACUUUGUCGAAUAUCAAAGCUUUCUCUGAUACAUUUCAAUGUCCGUUUAAUAGCCCCAUGAAUGCUCGUGAUAAGUGCUAUUUAUGGAAAUAAUUACAGUUAUUGUAAUAUAAAAGAAUUCACGUUUGUAACGGAAUUCUUAAUGGGUCUGUACGUAUCAAAUGUGUAAAAAUAAAACUCAAGAUCUGAAAGUUA